AUGCGGAACCAUGGGAUACAUCGCCCCAGAGAUUCUGGACUAAAACUAAGAAAAGAAGAAAUAUUGGACUUUUUGAAAGGCUUGCUUGAAAAGGACCCAUCUAAACGAUUGACACCUGCACAAGCGCUAAAGACAAGCUUCUUCGUCGAUCCCAAGGUGGUUGAAAAAUGGAAGCUCUACUCCUUCCUCACCAGAAGAACCGAAUCUAAGUUCAACGAGGUUGUCCACAAGAGGCUCAACCAGUCCAGAUUGAACAGAUAUCCCAUCUCCAUCUCCAGAAUCGCCAGACAUUUGGGCAAGGAUCGCGCUGCCGUCCCCAAAGACCAGACCAAGUUUAACUCCAGAAUCGUCGCCAUUGUUGGCACCGUCACCAACGAUGUCAGACUUUUGAAUGUUCCCCAGGGACUCAGAGUCGCUGCUCUUAAGUUUACCACUGCUGCCAGGAAGAGAAUCCUUGCCGCCGGAGGUCAAGCAUACACCUUCGAUCAGUUGGCCCAGUUGGCACCCACUGGAAAGGGAGUCCUUCUUUUGAGAGGUCCCAGAGAUAGAGAAGCAAAACGUCAUUUCGGUCUUUACCCCGGUCAGAAGGGCUCUCACACUGCCCCUCGCGUCAGAUCCGAAGGCAGAAAGUUCGAAAGAGCCAGAGGCAGAAGAUGA